AUGGCACUAGAAGCAGAGGUGGUGAAGAACAAGCAGGUGAUGUUGAAAGUCUAUGUAACUGGACUCCCAGAGGAGUCUGAUUUCAACAUCAGGCUGCACACCACCAUAAGCUUGAAAGUCCCAGAAAGCUCAAAUAAUGGGGUGUUGGUUAAGAAUCUAUACCUGUCAUGUGAUCCUUUUAUGCGCCUUCUCAUGCAAAAACCAGAAUCUUCUCUUCAGGAUGUAAUCUCUGGUUACUCCCCUGGCUCUACAAUAGGUGGGUUUGGGGUUGCUAAGGUGGUGGAUUCAAGGCACCCAAAGUUCGAGAAGGGUGACUCGGCAUGGGGUCAAACUAAAUGGGAGGAGUAUAGUCUAAUAGCAGAAUCUGAUUCUCUUAUCAAGAUUGAGCACACAGAAGUACCCCUUUCCUAUUACACUGGACUCUUGGGUAUGCCUGGUUUGACUGCUUUUAGUGGGUUGUAUGGGGUUUGCAAUCCAAAUAAGGGAGAAAAAGUAUUUGUAUCUGGAGUAUCUGGUGCAGUUGGCCAGCUUGUGGGACAAUUCGCAAAAUUGAUAGGCUGCUAUGUAGUUGGAAGUGCUAAAACGUUAUAUCAAGUUGAUCUUCUGAAGAACAAGUUAGGAUUUGAUGACGCUUUUAACUACAAAGUAGCAGAGGACUUGGCUGCUGCUUUGAGAAGAUAUGCAACCUGUUUAGCUCAUAAAAAGGUGACAGGUGCCGAACCUGUACAAUAA